AUGCAAUAAACAACAUCAAUUAGUAAAAGGAUUGCUACUUUAUUUCAUAAUGUAUAAAUGACAUCCAUAUAUUAACACAGAUAAAGGGAAUCUACAAAACAGAUGCUUCAGCAAUAUAAGUGGAGGGAUAGAAAGAAUUUUAAGAAUAUGUCGAUUAUUUAUUAGAAAGAGGGAUGAGAAUUAAUAAUUUGCGAUUGGCUUAAUUUAGAACAAGAAACAAUUUACCUUAUUUAGGAUUACAAAGUAAAUUCAAAUACAAAUUUGAUUAGCUAUUCAGAAAAUUGAAACUGAUUCAAUUCUUGUAUCAGUGCCAAGAGAAUUGAUGUUGACCACGAAAAUUGCAUAUUUUUCUGAUAUUCAAGAAAUCUUUGAUGCUUAUCCUUAAUUUUUUUGUUAGCAUUGUGCAGGAGGAUGGCAGGAUAGAAUCCUACUCACAUAUAUAUUAUACCAAUCUUAAUUAGGAAGGUAUUAAUUUUCAAAUAAAUUUUAAGAUAAUCAUAAUGGUAUCAUUUAAUUUCUAACUUACCAAGAGAUAUAGACUACUUGAUAUUUUGGUCCGAGGAGGAACUAAAAUUAUUGAAUGAUGAAAAACUAAUUUUGAAAGCCAAGAGAGAAUUGCAAGAUUUCUUAUUGAUCUAAAAAACAUUAACCCAUAUUUUGGAUUAGUUUCCUUAACAUUUUUAAAAAGAAACUUAUAGUUUUGAAAAUAUUAAGUGGAUAUUCAUACAUUUGGUAAGUAGAUGCUUUGGAUCCACUUUAGAGCAAGUAGCUUUUGUUCCAUUUUGCGAAAUGUUUAAUCAUGAGAAUACUGAUGUGAGAUACAAAGGCUUAUAUUUAGAAAGUAACCUCAAUAAACCCAAAGAUGAUAAGGAAUCAGAUACUAAUGAAUCGGAUGAGUCAGAUGGUGAUAGCGAUUCAUAUGAGUAAGAAGAUUACCAAUACCCAUUUGAAAUUUAAGAGCAAAUCAAAAUUUACAAAUAGAAGACCCCAACCUAUAAACUAAUUGAGUAAGAGUUAACUGUGUAUUAAAAUUAAGUGGACUAUUAAGAUCUUGAUGCAAUAACAAAAUUGAGACUUUACCAAGAAAAAUGCAAUUAUAGAAUAGAAUUACAAAUUUAAUAUAUGAAGAAUAAAAGAUGGUUUUAGGAAAACUUAAAUUUAAGAGACAAUUUUACCAUCAUAUUUGUUUCUAAGACUUUAGAGUAUAUUCAGGAAUAAAUUAAGUUAUAUGAAAUUGACGCUUUGACUUAUGAAUAGGUGUCUAAUAUCAUAUAAAAUGUCACAUAGAAUUCAGAACUGUAUUUAGAGAAAGUAAAAGAAUAUGCUCAUUAAAAACUCAGAGUAAAAAAUUAUGAACUCAAAUAAUUUGAAAUUCCAGAAUAACCAUAAGCAAUAGAAACUGUUGAUGAGAUGUUAAAGGUUGGUAUUCCUGAAAAUGCCAAGCCUUUUGAAGCUAAAGCGGAUUGGAAGGAAGACUAAUUUGAUAAUUUUGUAAUAAAAUGUUCAAGUAAAGAUGAAUUUGAAAAAGAUGCUUAAGCAUACUUUUCGUAUGGAACAAUCUCUAAUAGGUCGUUGUUAUUACGAUAUGGGUUUUCUCUAGAAUACAACAUAUACGAUUAUGUGGAAGUGAAAUCAUAAUAUAUUUAAUACAUACCAUAUGCAAGUGAUAUUGCAGAAGUAACAAUAUAAUAAAAUAUUCAUUUAGUACUUCUAAUUGUCCAAGUACAUGAAAUUCAAAAUUAGAUACACACGAAUCAACGAUGAUUUACUAAUGUAUUUUAAAAUGCUAAACUGGUAAUAUGACUAAGGCAUUUCAUAUCUAUUUGAUGAUAUUUAUGAUAGUACCAUUAUCAAUUAGGCUUACAAUUUAAUUAAAACAUAUCAUUCUGAUCAUUAUUAAGAAACCCUAAAAAAUUAAACAGAAAAACUUACAGGUUCAAAAUUAAAUUAUCAUGAUUAUUUCGCCUUAAUUUAUCAAAUUGAAAAAUAAAGAAUAAUUGAAGCUUAAUUAGAGGCGCUUUAGAUUUUGAAAUGUAAGAUAGAGAAAAAGGAGUAUGGAGAACAAUAGUUUGAAUGGAGUUCAUACUUAGUAGAAAGGUUCAAAAAUUGAAGUCAAUAAAAC